AUGGCCCUUAUCCACCCUGAAUCGGCUCUCGCUCUAGCUGUUGCUGCUGCCGCUUGCUUUGGCGACGCUGCACAAUACUUCUGGGACGUUCCGAGCUGGCUCGCCUGCUCGCCAGCAAGUUCCACUCCGUUUGAAUGGCUGACGGAGUGGACGGAUGCUGAUGAAAUCGAGUUGAGAAGCUGCUCUGUCAAGAGCAGCUCAACUCAAAAUGACGAAGAUGAGCUUCUGCCGCUGCUGCUGCUGGCGGAUUACGAUCUGGUGGACCCUCGUGAGUUUAUAACCACUGAAUGGACGCCAGAGGAUGAGGCGUACCUGAGAACUGGUGUUCUCAGCCUUGGUGACAGUGAGAGUGACUGCGAAUGGCUGACAGAAAAUUCACAGGCGGACCCCUCUGAGUUCAUCACCGAGUGGACAGACGCUGAUGAAGCGUAUCUGAGAGACACGACUCCCAGGUGCUUCUCAGCACCGAGUGAGGGUGACAGGCUGCUGCUGUCGUCAAAGCUGAAGCCUAUGACAGCAGCUGCUGUGGCGUACAGGGUUGGCAGGUUUGCUGAAGUGACCAGCAAGCGGGAAUGUCGUGCUCCUUUAGGCUUUUCACGGUUGAGACCUGCUGUGGUCCGGGCUGCUGCUGCAGCUAUGGGUGCUGUUGCUUCUGCUGUGGGUGCUGCUGCUGAUGCUGUGGUUGCUGCUGCUGACGCUGUGAGUGCUGCUGCUGUCAAUGCUGCUGCUACUAUCGCUGCAUCAUCGGCAGCACCUUCAAAGCCGGCAGUCAAAGUUGCAGCUUCCAGGCCAGCAGCAAAGGUUGCAGCUUCCAAGCCAGCAGCAAAGGCUGCAGCUUCCAAGCCAGCAGCAAAGGCUGCAGCUUCCAAGCCAGCAGCAAAGGCUGCAACUCCCAAGCCUGCAGUCAAGGCUGCAGCUCCCAAGCCUGCAGUCAAGGCUGCAGCUCCCAAGCCUGCAGUCAAGGCUGCAGCUCUCAAGCCUGCAGUCAAGGCUGCAGCUCUCAAGCCUGCAGCCAAGGCUGCAGCUCCCAAGCCUGCAGUCAAGGCUGCAGCUCCCAAGCCUGCAGUCAAGGCUGCAGCUCCCAAGCCUGCAGCCAAGGCUGCAGCUCCCAAGCCUGCAGUCAAGGCUGCAGCUCCCAAGCCCGCAGUCAAGGGGGCAGCUCCCAAGCCUGCAGUCAAGGUUGCAGCUCCCAAGCCUGCUGUCAAGGCUGCAGCUCCCAAGCCUGCAGUCAAGGUUGCAGCUCCCAAGCCUGCAUUGAAAGCAACUGCAGCUCCUGCCAUGGCCAGUGCCAGUGCUGCUCGUGUGGCGCCUCUGAGGCAAACAGAGGGAUAG